GGUAAUCCGUGGAGGAAACUUCUUCCUGUCCUUUCUCCUUUGUUGCCCCCACUGGGCUGUGCCCAGCACCUGUUCCUUGAGUGAACCCGGGCAGAGAGGGACAAGCUUCGAGGCGAAGCAAGAAGCUGAGAGGUCGGUCGGUUCAGGGAGGACACGCUUGUGCCGAAGCCAUGGUGAGGAAUGUGGACGACCUUGACUUCUGCCUCCAGUCCCACCCGCAGGACAUCCUGGCUGGGCUGAGAGCCUUCCGUGCCCACCCCAAGCUGUCGGACGUCACGCUGCUGGCGGGCAGCCAGGCCUUUCCGUGCCACCGCAGCCUCCUGGCUCUCUGCAGCCCCUACUUCCACGCUAUGUUUGCGGGGGACUUUGCCGAGAGCAUCGCGGCGCAGGUGAAGCUCCCGGAUGUGGACCCCGGCACCAUGGGGCUGCUGCUGGACUUUGUCUACACGGGCAGGCUCACCGUUAACCAGGACAACGUGGAGGCUCUGACCCAGACCUCCAACAGGCUCCAUUUCCCUGCGGUGCAGAAAGUGUGCAGCCGCUACCUGCAACAGCAGAUAGACGCCACAAACUGCCUGGGCAUCUGCGAGUUUGGCGAGCGCCACGGCUGCCCGGAGGUGUCAUCCAAGGCCUGGUCCUUCCUGCAGGAGAACUUCGAGGCCGUGUCUCAGGAAGAGGAGUUCCUGCAGCUGCCUAAGGAAAGGCUGGCUGCCUAUCUGUCCAACGAACUGCUCCAGGUGCGAGAGGAGGAGAGCCGCGCCGAGGCCCUGCUCAGGUGGGUGAGGUACCAGGAGGAGGCCCGCGCCCGCUACCUGCCCGAGCUGCUGGACCUGGUGCACCUGGUUGCUCUCCCCGACCAAUUCCGGCAGUACCUUCUCUCCACGGAGCCUCUGACUCGGGCUUCCGAAGCCUGCAAGGCAGUGAUCUCCCAGCACCAGAGCCUGUCUUCAAUGAUGCUUCCACAGAAGCUGGAGGAAGUUCUGGUAAUAGUGGGAGGGCGAGCUCUGGAAGAUUCAGAGGAUGAAGAAAAUCAUGAGGAACCUCCCCCCAUCUCCAGGAACUGUGCCUUCUAUAACACAAAGUCCAAGUGCUGGACAGCUCUUCCUGAUUUUCCUGACUACCAUAAAUGGGGCUUUUCUCUCGUGGCGCUGAACAAUGAUAUUUACGUCACAGGUGGAUCGCGUGGCAGCAAGAUAGAUACGUGGUCCACGACCCAGGCCUGGUGCUUUCCACAGAAAGAGGGCGUCUGGAAACUGAUUGCGCCAAUGCUGAAAGCCCGCACCAACCACGCCAGCACUGCGCUCAACGGAGAGAUCUACGCCAUUGGGGGGACCACCAUGGACGUGGUGGAGGUGGAAAGCUAUAACCCCUACAAUAACAGCUGGUCGGUCAUCAGUCCAGCACUGAAGUAUGUGAGCAACUUCUCGGCUGUCGGCUGCCACGGGAGGCUCUACCUCGUGGGGUCUUGUGCCUGCAAAUACAAUGCGCUGACCCUACAGUGCUAUAACCCUCUCACAGAAGUCUGGAGUUCGAUUGCCUCGCCUUUUAUCCCAAAGUACCUCUCCUCCCCUCGUUGUGCCUCUUUGAAUGGGGCCAUUUACCUCAUCGGGGACAACACCAAGAAAGUCUACAUGUAUCACCCCGAAGCCAACGUGUGGCAGAAGGUUCAGCUGCUCCAUAGUCUGCAUGAGAACGGCGGGAUGGUGUCCUUGGGGGACAAGCUCUACGUUACAGGAGGCCGCUGGCAGGGCAUGGAAGGGGACUACCGGGUAGAGAUGGAGGUGUAUGAUGGCACUAAGGACGUCUGGACUCGGGAGGGGGCCCUGCCCUGCCUCUGGCUCUAUCACAGUUCUUCCUCCAUCUUCAUAGAUGUCUCCAAGUGGACAGAGCCCUUCGUGAGGAGCUAAGGGCCCUUGGGGGUCAGACCUGUUCCUUUAUGGGCCCCUGCUGCAGCUGAGGCACCGGCAGGGGCAUUCACGUGAGCCUCUGCUCAGGGGAUGAUGCUUCUCUCCACCACGUCUGGACAUCAGCACGUGCUCGAGUUUCUGAGCCUUCCUGCCUCCCAGGACUGGGGGCCUCAAGGGAAGGAAGUGAUACCCACUGGUUCCCAAGGACGUUUGCGAGUGCCUGCCAUUGGCUGCUUCUACUGCUGUUGCUGUUCUUAUGUCAUUUACUUUGCUGAGGCCCGCCUCUGACACAUCCUAACUGGGUAACCCAAGGGCUGUGGUGUGCUUACAGAGAACUCUGGAUCAGGUUCAGAUUCUGGGCUUGCCCCAGGGUAAUUGGGAGCAGAGAACAACAGACAGAGGGCCAGGAGACCUGGAGCCCAACCUCACCCCUGUACAUGACGUCUUUUCUGGGCCUCAGUUUCCUUAUCUUCACAGGAGGCUCAACAAGAUGAUAUGCAGGUCCCCUUCCUCAUCCAGGAUUCUAUGAGGCAGUCACUCUGCCAGUUCAGAACUCAGUUUCCCCACUUGGCAAAUAAGGAUGUUGGAUGAGGUGAACUCCAUAGACCCUGGGUCUGUAGGAUCCUGGGCCACUGACUCCCCAGAUAGGAGGUUCAGUUUUCUCAUCUGUAAAAUAAAGGACUUGGUCCGCAUCUAUGGUUCUUCUCUAACAUUCUGUGAUUCUGGGGAUCAUUAUUCCCCAAAUUCCAGGAAUCCUGAGUUAAGAAGGAUGUUCCCUGCAUUAAUGCAUCUCCAAGGGAGGUCUACACAACUUCUCCCUAGGUUCAGUGGUUUUUGGCUCCUUCUAGCAGAGAGCAAUGGUGGCUGUUUAUUGUUCUUGACUCCCAAGAGCCUAUUAAAAAAAAAAUCUGGCACACAGUAGGUGCUUUGGGGAUUGGACUGGAUAAGGCUUCAUAAGAAAGAUGCAUGCUUACUUAGUAGAAAUAGGCUGCAGUUUUACAGAGUUCCAUUACAGCAGAUGGUGACCUCAAUAAAUUGAAUCACGUACUAGCUAUGUGACCCUACAUAAGUCAUUUCAUUUCUCUGAGACCCCAUUUAAAGACCUACAAAGGGGGUAAUAGCUUCCUCCUAAGGUUGUCAUAUAGAGCAAAUGAGAUAAUUCAAGUAGAAUGCUUUGUAAAUCUAAGAGCAUUGUAGACAUCCCAGAUAUUGAUUCCAUGUUCAUUUCUUUCAUUUUACAUUGGAUAGACAUCACAUAGAAAUAGUCUGAAGAUAAGCCACUCCCCUACAAUUGUCUUUUUUCAGUUAUUUUUUUAAAAUUCUAAACUUAAACACCUUCUGAAAGGACAUUUCCCCAGAAACACAAACACGAAAUGAGGGUCGUAGAUGUCCUGGUGAUCCUCCAUUUUGGAUGGCUUGCUUUAAAAACAGAAGGCAAUAA